AUGUGGAUGCUCAGUAGAGAACGAGCCCCGGCCACCGUGAGCGACGCCGUUCGAGCAGAAUUAUUACGCCAGUUCGGAGGAACGUACGUGGACCUGGACGCCAUAACCCUGAGGCCGUUCCCUAAGUCCACGAACUGGCUGACGAGGGUCGACCGUCGCCUCGUCACGGCUGCUGUGUCGUCCUUCCAGAAGAUGCAUCCGCUCCUUCAGGCCGUCGCGUCCGCCAUCCCGACUUCCUACAACCCCUCGGCGUGCUGUAGCAUCGGCCCCGACCUCUUCACCGACCUCCUGCACCGCCAAUGCCCCGACGACAUCACCAUCCCGACCUCAGUCCCUCCCGACGCCUCCGAACGCUGCGGGGACGUCGAGGUCCAGCCGAGGCGCCUCUUCUACCCCAUCCACUAUGGCUUCAGGAGGGACGAGCUGGAGAGCGUCUUCCGGGAGGGCGAAGGGCUGGGUCCCGCCUUCUUCUCGAGGGAGGAGGGGGCGGGGGGCGCCUUCUCCCUCCACCUCUUCAGCUCCCUCUCGCGCAGGAGGCCCGUGUCCCUCCGCGGCGACUCCGUCCUGAAGGAGGCGGCGAGGAGGAACUGCCCGAGGGUCUAUGGGUAUCUGCUGAGCCAGGAAGGGUGGAUGUAG